GAAAUGGGGCGAAGGUUUGGAGUAUUGAAGUCCAUUACACUUCUUAUGGUACUUAACCUAUAUCCUUAUUCAGCCCUAUGUGACCGCUACUGCGAAUGGUCAAAGAAAUCAAUGACGAUAGCAAGCAGUUGUCCCACAAAUAAGGAGAAAUUCGAAACAGCAUCAAAAAUUAAGGACUGUGAAUCAGUGGCCGAAAAACAAAAUUGCACAGAGAAAUCUAAAUUUAAAUAUCACUGUGUCAUAAAUGAACUAGAGGACAAGAUGGUUGAAGUGUGCGCUCCAGUAUUUUAUAUCCAAGGAUACUGUACAGAAUACAAUAUCAAUUGUGCCAGAAUUCAAGAUCAUCUUUAUUUAAGAAAUGGCAGUAUUGCAGAUCCCUUCACGAGUCGCUAUAUAUCAACGGAUGCUUAUAAAUUUCCGAAUUGUUAUUCACUGGUCUCGUCAAAGUACAGUUCUUCAUCUCCUUCAUCAUUUAUUCCAACAACUGUAGAAACAGCAAAUUCGUCAGUGAACAUGCCAAGUGAUGGAGACAUCACUCCAAACCUGUAA